CUAUUCUUUUUCAUUUAAAAAACAGACUAGUGAUAAGAUAAGUUAUAGUCCAUAAAGCUCCUAUAAAAACAAUAAAUGAUUGAAUUGAAAAAAUUGUAAAACAAUUUUUAAAGCGAAAUGGAUAUUAUUUCUCUAGUAUUUGCUGCUUUAAUUAUUUUCCUUACUCUGGCAUGGCUUACCAGAAAAAAGUCUGAUAAAAAGUCACUGCCUGGACCCACUGGAUUACCUUUCGUUGGAUAUUUGCCAUUUUUAACAAAAAAGCCAUACAUCAAGUUGCAAGAGCUUGCUAAAAAAUACGGCCCAGUUUACAAAAUUCGACUAGGCAGCGUGGAUAUACUUGUUCUCUGUGACUUUAAUAUUAUAAAGGAAGCCUUUGCUGAAGAUGCUUUUAUGGGUAGACCAGCUGAUGGUCCUUUCGAAUUGAGUGACGAAACAAUUAGAACUGGUGCUUUCUUAGGUAUAGGAUGGAAAGAACAGAGAAGGUUCUCAUUGCAUGCUCUCCGUGAUUUAGGUUUUGGGAAAACCCGAAUGGAAGCUCAACUUAAAGAAGAAAUUAUUGAAAUGUUAGAGAGAAUAGAAGAACAAAGAAGUGAACCGAUAAAAAUAUCUGAUAUACUUGCUUCAAGUGUAUCAAAUAACAUAGCCUCUCUGCUUUAUGGAAGCCGGAUGAAAUACGACGAUCCGAGGAGGAAAAAUCUGGACAAAUUAAUUGGCAAUGUUGGUCUUUUGGCUGGAGCAGUUGGAUGGCAAAUGUUCUUUCCAUGGGCCAGAGCUAUAAUGACAUAUCUGCAAAUUGGAAAUAAUGGAAAACUGAGUAGAGCUCUUGAGGGAAUAAAAGAAUUUUCCAGGAAAGAAAUGGAGGAACAUGAAAAAACUCUAGAUCCAAACAACAUCCGGGACUUUAUGGAUAGAUACAUUAUAGAAGUCAAGAAAAGAGAAGGACAAAAUACUGGAUUUCAUAGGGAAGUUUUGCUGGAUUUAGCUCGUGGAUUCUUUGGAGCUGGCAGUGAAACGAUUCGAAUAUCUGUAGACUGGAUGACCCUGGUCAUGGCGGGUUUUCCAGAGGUUCAGAAAAAAAUACAUAUGGAGAUCGAUGACGUUAUAGGACGAGAUCGCUUCCCCACGUAUGAAGAUCAUCUCCAAAUGCCAUACACCGAAGCUGCCGUAUGCGAACUCAUGCGAUGGAAAUCUAUUAUACCUUUGAAUCUCAGAAGUCGAACUUUUCCUUUACUUCACAGCUAUAUUACAAAAGUACAAGAUAUCAAUGCCACCAGGAAAAAAAGCAGAUUUCGAAGGAAUACUUGGUAUAGGUCUCCAACCAAAAAGACAAGGAAUAAAAAUAGAGCCACGAUAAACUAAUUAUAAAUAUUUAUUUGAAUAAACUAAUUAAACUAAACUAAAUUUU